AUUUAAAAGUAAAAAUUCAAACUGUUGUUUGUGCAUUUAAUUAUAACCUUUUAAAGAGUUCUUUUUAUUUAUUAAUUUUAUUUUAAAAUUAGUUUUUAAGUGGUUCAUAACAAUCAUGGGAUCAUUUUGAUAUGUUUUCCAAGUUUUUCCUUUCAAUGCAACUUUGAUUACAUUAACUGAAAGAUGGUGUUACUUGAUUACCUGAACGACAAGAAAAUGUUCUAUCCCUAAAUAGCCCAGAGGAGAGGGAUCAUCUCAUGAUCCUCACCUUGUGUGUCCACCAUGUAUCUAGUACAUUAAUACUAUAGAGUUUGUGAAGCCUGGGGUGGUCCUUGAGCCACUUCCUCACAAAUGACAUUCAACAUUUGACACCAUCUAUUUUUGAAAAAAAGAAUUUUGUAUUUUAAUUAUUGCUUUGUUUUUAAUCGUCCAUACAUUAUUCCUUAUGUAUUAUAAUGUGGUAUUGUACAGGAAAUAGUGGAACUAGUUAUGUUGAAGCUGGAAAAGAAUUAACAGAACAAACAAAAAAAAAGAGAAAUGCUUUAGCUAAAUGGCUUUAUCAGCAGACAAACAAGAAACAAAGAAUACAUUUCUAUAGUUCUAUGUUGUUUAUUGUUUUGCCUGCUGAAGUUGACUUUCAGCCAAAAAGUUAUCCUUUUAAUUUUAUUGUCCUGUUCUUUCUUUUGAAGCUUCAACAUACCCAGUUCCACAAUUACUUCCACACAGCUUCAACAUACCCAGUUCCACAAUUACUUCCACACAGCUUCAACAUACCCAGUUCCACAAUUACUUCCACACAGCUUCAACAUACCCAGUUCCACAAUUACUUCCACACAGCUUCAACAUACCCAGUUCCACAAUUACUUCCACACAGCUUCAACAUACCCAGUUCCACAA